AGCCAGUAUUUAAAGGCUGCCGCUGCCCUCGUCACCCCAGUCCUGCCAGGACGGCGACAGUGAAGCACCUGGGUUGAGAGGUAGCAGCAGGUAACUGCGCAACCCCUGCCUCCCCCGGCCCCAGCCCGUGCCUCAGCAGAGCCGGGUGUGGGGGGGGACCCGGGAGUGGGUCUCACUGCGUGUCGCCUGCCAACACCUUCCUCCCCCACCAUCCUUACCCAGCCCCAGUCCCACCCAGCACACCUGGGCGAGACAACCCAGGUGCGAAGGACAAGCGAUUACUACUGAAGAGCUCACAAACCAGGAAGAGAGCGGCCUCCUGGAGAGAAAACGUGAUCCCAGGGGUAGACACGUGGCACUGCGUGGAGAGACAGGGUGACGAGACGAAGCUCUUCUGACCGUCCUAUCUGGCAAAACUUGACGACGGCUUCUGGGUCGCCAUCAUCUAGACCUCUCAGAGCUCCCUGAACGAUGACUCAGACCCUCGACACAAGGGAAGACCCUCUGAACCUGGGCGGCGGUGGCUGGGCACACUCGGCCUCCUUGAGCUCCUGGUCGUCCUGCCAUCGAAGGCGCCAGGGCGCUCCAGUGUACAAUAGGCCGCACCGCUAUAGCCCCAAGACCGAGUAUGGGCCCCCAAGGCAGCAGCCGAAGCAACAGCACGGCCCGGGCUUUUGGUUCCAACCACCCAUGUGCUUUAACUGGGGGUGCUGGGGAGGGCCCUGGCGCCCACCCCCUCCAGGAUUCCGGAAGUUCCAUUGCCCAGUGCAAGUGUUUCGGGUGUAUGGCCUGCACCCUCUCUGCUUUUGCUGCUGCUCCUGCUGGAACGGGUCCUGGAACCCUAGCUGGGCGAGGCCCCCAGGCAGGAAGAAGCGCUGGGGCCGCAGGGGUCGCGGCCUGCGCCACCACCCUCGCCGCUCCUCCCCGCGGAGCCCGCCAGCGAAUGUGAGCACGCAGCCGCGGCCGGUCAAGCUGUACGAGUGGAGAGAGCCUGGCAUGCGAGCGCCGCCCAACACCACCCAAUUCAUCAUGAACCAGAUCUACGAGGACAUGCGGCAGCAGGAGAAGCUGGAGCGUCAGCAGGAGGCGCUGAGGGCGCAGAAGGCCCCGGUGAGCGGCGAGGCCUCCCCGGCCAGAUCCUCCGGAAACGACGCGCCCCCUGGCGGCAGCGAGGAAACCUGGGGACUGCAGGAAACUCUGUAUGGCUUUGUGCAGAAUCCCUCUCUAGCAUUCAGUCCUAAACCAGAGGAAAACCAGUCUCUUGCCCCGUUGCUGGUGGAGGAAGAGGAGAAGAAAAAUGAUGAUGAGGAGGAGUAUGACCAGGAGGUGUGUGAUGCAAAGGAGGUGAGCGAGGAGGAGGAAGAAGAGGUUGAAGAUGAGGAAGAAGAGGUCGAAGAUGAGGAGGAGGAAGAGGUCGAAGAGGCUGAAUAUGUGGAGGAGGAGGAGGAGGAGGAGGAAGAGGAGGAGGUGGAAGGGGAAGAGGAGGUCCUGGAGGAGAACGAGCAGAGAGGGGAAGAAUUUCAUUUGCCUCUGGAAAUGCCUUUAUCAAUCUUCGUAGAGGCUGAAGAAAAGAGAGAGAACUUUAUAAGCUGCACUUUUUUAAACCCAGAGCAGAUAAUUCCCAAAGUGCCACAGGAAUCCCUGUUCACUGCACAGGACUUUAACUGUUAGACAUCAGAAAAGGGAUUGAGGAAAGGGAUGGAACUGAUUUGAGGCUAAACUGGAUUAGCAAUUUAUUAAAAACUGAUUAAAAAGUGAGUUCCAUUAAUAAACAGAUGUAAACACCUUCUUUGGCCAUUAUAAAAUGCUUAAA